AUGUCUGUGGAUGAACUCCUCAAUGGAAUCAUCCUAUCACUCGGCCAGACAGAAGCGUCUGUCCUGAGCGCACAACAGAAAUUCAUCACAGAAAGCGAAGAGCUUCUUCCAACUAUGGUUAAAGAUCUCUUAGCCAAAUCUUCCGAGGACUUGGAAGGAAUGUCGUUGCUAUCUUUAAAGGAAAAUGCACUCCUCUCGUAUGUGAACAACUUGGUGCUUGUUCUCUUAGCCCAUUUGGAGAGAAUGCAAGAGGGUACCGACUCAGAGAAGCUAGAGCUGUUGAAGCUAAAGGCAGUGCAGAGCACCGUCGAGCAAAGAGCGUGUUUGGAGAAAGGAGUCAAGCCGUUGGAGAAGAAACUCAGUUAUCAGUUGGAGAAGAUGGUCAGAUCUUUCCACCGUAUGGAAGAGGACAACGCAAAGCUUGAGGCCAAGAUUAAUGAGCAGGUUGAGAAUGGAACUGCCGAACCAGCUGAAUCCGAAUCCGACUCCGAUUCGGAGUCUGACUCUGAGGAAGAUGAGGACGCCCUCUCAUACAAGCCUGACUCGUCUGCAUUGGCUAAGAUGACGAAAAAACCAUACAAGAAGAAGGAAUCAGAGGCGGACGAGAAGUAUAGACCACCUAAAAUUUCUGCAGCUGCUCCACCACGGACGUUCAGCGACAAGGCAGCACCAAAGAAUCACACAAGAAAGUUACAAAGUAUGGAAGAAUACUUGGCCGAGUCUUCAGAUCUUCCACAAGCCGAGAGCUCUAUUGGUGCAACCAUCUUGGAUCACGGUAGAGGAGGUGUCAAGACAGCCAAGGAUACGAAAAGAGAGAAGGAGAUUCAGAAAUACGAAGAGAGUAACUUCACAAGAUUGCCUUCGACUGCCACCAAGAAGACAUUCAAGCAGAAAAUGGCUGAGCGUACGAAUAACUUUGCUGGUGAAGAUUGGUCCAUGUUCAACAACAAGAGAAACCUUAAAGAGGGAACCUCCAGAAAGAGAAAGGCUGGCUCUGCAUGGGAUCGUGUCAAGAGAAGACAGAAUUAG